AGAGAUUUUUCCAUUGUGCCAGAUAUGUCGUCUUCUUUUGUGGAAAAAUUUAUCAGAAGCCGCGACGUAGUAGCUCCGGGAAAGAACACAUGUCAAAGGGAUUUAAGUACUACAGGGAAGAAUAUGUGCAUUCUGUUGCUGUUUUUUCCGAUGAAGCUGGUUGUCUGAUAAGGGCAAAGUGCUACAGGUCUCAAAGGAAAAAUGAGAGCCCACAUGAAAUGAAGGUUUUGAUGAACAGUGACAAAAUUGAGCAUUCAUUCUGCACAUGCACUAUUGGACAAAGUGGCAAUUGUGGACAUGUUAGUACUCUCUUGUAUCAGAUUGCUCAUUAUAAAAGGUGAAUUUUACACUCAUUCCUAUGGAUAUAGCAAAAACCUCAUUGCCACAGACUUGGCAUGUGCCCAGGGGAGAAAAACUAUGAGGGGAGAAAGCAGACAACUUGACUAUCCAGGGCUAUGACAAAGAAAACCCUCUUCGCCGCACAAAAGGGAUAAAGUCAACUUUGUAUAAUCCUGUCUCACAAAAUGAAUCAAUUGACAUUAAUACUCUACUUGACAAAAUGGCAGACAAAAACAUUUUGUUCAAUACAGUUGUUGGUCAAAGCUCUGAUGCUGUAGAUACUAAAUUUGGAAAAUUUCAAAAGGGAAGCCCAAUUAGUGAUCAACAAAAAUUGUCUGGUGGCUACAUUAUAAACUUAGUGGAUAAUAAUAUGUUUCCUAUCUUGCCAGCAAAAAAAUGUUAUGGUGAACACUGUGAACAUAGUUUCGAAAGAACAGCAGAUGAAAAACUUUACUUCACUGAAAGUUUCAGAGGUACAAAGCCAAGAAAUUGAACAGUGUACACGUUUCCAGUCCCAAUAUCCUAAGUGGCAUAAAAUAAGGAGAGACAGGAUCACAGCAUCCAAGGCUGGGGAAAUAGCCAAGCGAAGAGCAGAUGGUGAAAAACUUGCUGACCGGUUGAAAUCAACACGUCAUGUGCAGACUGCAGCUAUGAAACGGGGUAUUGAAUGUGAAGAUGUAGCAGCUCAAGCAUACAGCGAGAAAAUGGACAAUGAGGUGAACAUUUUUCCUUGUGGUGUGAUUGUUAAUCCAUACUGUCAUUGGCUUGCUGCAACACCAGAUAGAAAACUGUACAUGCCAAGUAGAAAUCCAUCCUAUGGACUGCUUGAAAUCAAAUGUCCAAAUACUGACAAUUUAUCAAAAGUGAAAUGUCUUUCCGAUACUAAUGGACAGUUAAAACUGAAGAAAAAUGACAAUUAUUAUUAUCAAAUUCAAACGCAGAUGGCAGUGACAGGUUUGUCUUGGUGUGACUUUUUUGUAUGGCUGGAAAAUGAUGCACAUUUGGAAACCAUUUAUUUUUAUGAAGAUUUUUGGCAACGUACAAAAGAUAAAUUAGAUUCAUUUUUCUUUGAUUAUUAUUUGAAUUAAAGAAAAUAGCUGA